GCUUUGGAUGUUGACCGAACUGUUCUCUACAAGAUGAAGAAAUCUGUCAAAGCCAUAAACAUAUCUGGUCUGGCUCACGUGGAAAAUGAAGAACAGUAUACGCAAGCACUGGAGAAAUUUGGAGGCAACUGUGUUUGCAGGGAUGACCCAGAUUUGGGAACUGCGUUUUUAAAGUUUUCUGUGUUUACAAAGGAAUUAACUGCACUCUUCAAAAAUUUGAUUCAGAAUAUGAACAACAUCAUCACUUUUCCAUUGGACAGUUUGCUGAAGGGAGAUCUGAAAGGAGUAAAAGGGGACCUGAAAAAACCCUUUGAUAAAGCUUGGAAGGACUAUGAAACAAAAGUUACAAAAAUAGAGAAGGAGAAAAAAGAGCAUGCUAAGCUGCAUGGGAUGAUCCGUACAGAAAUAAGUGGAGCUGAAAUUGCAGAAGAGAUGGAGAAAGAAAGAAGGUUUUUCCAGUUACAAAUGUGUGAGUACCUGCUGAAAGUCAAUGAAAUCAAGAUUAAAAAAGGAGUGGACUUGCUUCAGAACUUGAUCAAGUAUUUUCAUGCUCAAUGCAAUUUCUUUCAGGAUGGGUUAAAAGCAGUUGAAAGUCUUAAGCCUUCAAUUGAGACACUCUCAACAGAUCUUUAUACAAUCAAACAAGCACAAGAUGAGGAAAGAAGACAAUUAACACAGCUUAGAGAUAUUUUAAAAUCAGCACUCCAGGUUGAUCAGAAAGAGGAUUCUCAGAUUCGUCAGAGUACAGCUUACAGUUUACAUCAGCCUCAGGGAAACAAGGAACAUGGCACUGAACGAAAUGGUAGUCUGUACAAGAAAAGUGAUGGAAUCAGAAAAGUGUGGCAGAAAAGGAAGUGCUCAGUUAAAAAUGGGUUUCUUACAAUUUCCCAUGGUACAGCUAACCGACCUCCAGCAAAGCUCAAUCUGUUAACCUGCCAAGUGAAAACAAACCCAGAAGAGAAAAAAUGUUUUGACCUCAUAUCACAUGACAGAACGUACCACUUUCAAGCGGAGGAUGAACAGGAAUGUCAAAUAUGGACAUCUGUGCUACAAAACAGCAAAGAGGAAGCUUUAAAUAAUGCAUUCAAAGGAGAUGAUAACACAGGAGAAAAUAAUAUUGUCCAGGAACUGACAAAAGAAAUUAUAUCUGAAGUCCAGAGGAUGACUGGAAAUGAUGUGUGUUGUGACUGCGGAGCACAAGAUCCUACCUGGCUUUCAACAAACUUGGGAAUUCUAACUUGCAUUGAAUGCUCAGGAAUCCAUAGAGAACUUGGUGUUCACUAUUCCAGAAUGCAAUCACUUACGUUAGAUGUGCUGGGAACAUCUGAACUUCUGCUUGCAAAGAAUAUUGGGAAUGCUGGGUUUAAUGAGAUCAUGGAAUUCUGUCUGCCAGUUGAUGAGGUGGUCAAACCUAAUCCAAGCAGUGAUAUGAAUGCAAGAAAAGAUUAUAUUACUGCCAAGUAUAUUGAGAGAAAAUAUGCAAGGAAAAAGCAUGCUGACAAUGCAGCUAAAUUACAUGCUCUUUGUGAAGCAGUCAAAUCAAGAGACAUUCUUGGAUUAGUCCAAGUAUAUGCUGAUGGUGUGGAUCUCACAGAAAAAAUUCCGCUGGCCAAUGGCCAUGAGCAAGACGAAACAGCACUGCACCUUGCUGUUAGGUCAGUUGAUCGAACAUCCCUUCAUAUAGUUGACUUUUUAGUGCAGAACAGUGGCAAUCUAGAUAAACAAACAUGUAAAGGUAGCACAGCCUUGCAUUACUGCUGUCUGACGGACAACGUUGAGUGCCUCAAACUGCUGCUGAGAGGGAAGGCUUCCAUUGAAAUAGCUAAUGAAUCAGGAGAGACCCCACUUGAUAUAGCUAAACGUUUAAAGCAUAUUCACUGUGAAGAGUUGCUUACUCAAGCACUAUCUGGAAGAUUUAAUUCUCAUGUUCAUGUAGAAUAUGAGUGGCGGUUACUCCAUGAAGAUCUGGACGAAAGUGAUGAUGAUGUGGAUGAGAAGCUGCAG